UUCUCUUUCCAAAUUCUCGUCGCCUGAUAAUUAUGCGAAUAAGAAAACUUGAAAAAAAUAACACCCAUCAAAUGUAUCAAUUCCAAAAAUCACAAGUAACACCUCAUCAAUGCUUCUCUCUGAAGUUUGAUAGAGAGUUGACAAAUUACUCUAACAAAUACCAACAAAUUAUUUCUAGUUUUUGUUGGAGCGGGUGUUCCUCCGUUUGGGAUCAGCUGACACGGACGAACAGCUACAAGCAUCUGUAUGCAAGUUUCUCCCUCCUGUGCUACUCAAGCUAUCCAGUACUCAAGAAGGAGUUCGUAAAAAAGUCAUGGAACUCUUGAUUCAUAUUAAUCGGAGAUUGAAGAGCCGACCUCUGGUCCAACUUCCCGUUGAAGCACUCUUAUUACAGUAUCAAGACCCUGCUGCAAGCUCCUUCGUUAUCAACUUCACUAUAAUUUAUAUUAAAUUGGGAUACCCAAGGAUGGAAAUUGGUAAACAGGGUGAAUUGAUACCAAGUGUAUUGAAUGCUAUCGAAGGGAAGCCAUUAUCUCAUCAAGAUAGUUUAAUGUUGAUUAUCAUGCCAGCAUUGGGUUAUAUAAAUAUUCCAAUGGACAGUGACAAGAGGGCUUCUCUGCUUGGACUUCAAGACAAGCCCUAUGUUGCGAAACAACUUGUAAAUUUUAUGCUAGACAUGCUAUUACUCCCAUAUGGGUCAGUGGGACAAACAGAAAACCAACAGCCAGGCCAGCCCAUCAAUUGGUCCCAAUUUCCAGUACCAGCUGGUCUGAGUGAAUAUGCAUUUAAGAGGGUAAUAGGUGAAAGCCCGCCCACAGCAGAACAACUCGAGCAAACCAAAUUAGGAAUAGUCAAAUUCCUUGCUGGAGGAUUUUUUGCAGAUGCUGAUAUUCUUAUACAUUUAAUUGUUGCUGCAGCCGAUACAAGGUUUAGUGUUGCAAACAUGGCUGAUCUUGAGUUAAAAAAAAUAGUUGGCACCUUGGAUUGGGGCUCAAUGCAGUUAGCUGCACCAUUGUAUACCUUGUUUUUGGGUACCGAUGCUCUAGCAACGCAGAAAGAAGUCAAGCCAGAAAUGAAGAGACUUCCGGCUAGUACAAGAAUUCGGCUAAAGUUGCUACACUACCUUUGUCGAGUGACAAGAGCAGGCUUCAUCAUCCCACCUUGCAUUCAAGUUGUGUUUGACUCACUUUACGGAAGCAAUACGAAUUCAAAGCUAAAAUCAUUAGCUCUACUGUUUACGUCAAAUAUUGUUCAACAAUGUAAUCUGGCCCAACUAACACGGGUAUCUGGCGUGCUUCUAAAUGGAAUGAGAAAAUUAAUAUCCGAAGGGGAUCCACUUCACAAACCAAUGGCUUAUACAGUCAUAGGACAGCUUGGCCAUAGGAUACCAAAUAACUCUCCAGGUCUUGUAAAUAAAGACUUGAAUAUGCUGCAACAUUUCUUUGAUACUUUGGCAGCGACCGGCACCGAGUUGAGACAAUCCAUAAGAGAUGCUCUUCUUAGCAUGACACCAGCCUAUGUGCUUCAAAAAGACGAAGAGAACACCAUAGCUAUGAUGAAUGCUUUGCUAUCAAUUCAUAUUGAGUCAUCUGAAUCUAGUGUCAGAUUUGUUGCUGUACAUUAUGCAGCAACAGUGUUUCCACCAGACGAUGCCCAGUCACGUUAUCUUUUACUAUUAGCAACUGGUGAUACCAAGGAAGAAGUUACUGCGGAAGCUACAAAAGCAUUGUAUGGUACUUCCCAUAAAAAUGAACGAGACAAAGACUUUGCAAAGAAAGUGUUUUUGCCAGAUUUCUCAAAGCUCGUAACAUACAUAUAUGCUAAAAUGCAAGCAAGACUUAGCAGUUCCACUGGUACAGUUAAUAUCGGAAGUAAAACUUUACCCUACAAUGUCACCACAUUUACUGAGAUUAUUACGUACUUACGCCUGUGUCUGGCAAAAUGUGCUAAAGUUCCAUCAUACAAUGAGCCCAUUCAACAUCCAUCUGAGUACAGCCCUUUGAUUGGAUCAUAUUUGAAGAAAUUAUUCCAUUCAAGACCAGAGCCUCUUAACAACUAUCUUGAUAUUAUUUUACUCCUCAGCCAAGUAAAUGCAGACCUUGUUCCAUUGACUGCAUUUUUAGAGGUAGUUGGAACAAUUCCAGUUGAAACGACAUCGCGUUAUGAAAGUAAGCUACCAUGGUUGAGAAAUUUACUGACUUCAACAAAAGAAGAUAUCAGGGAAUUAGGUGCAAAAAUUUAUGGUGUUGUGGCGGCUCAUAUUCCUAGUGGAGAAUUUGAAAAGCAACUAGCAGAGAUCAUUGGUGCUACACGAAACAAGAUGCUCGAAACUCAGCAUGGUGCAAUACUAGCAUUGUCUCAUAUGAUGGAGAGAAAAUUGAUGUUGCGCAGAAGUGAAAAUAAAAAUGAACUAUGUAAUUGGAACAGCUACAUCAAUGCUACCAAACUAAUUUAUACAUUUUUGAGCGACAAUAAUGCUAUGCUUGUUGGAGCAGCUAGCGAAGGUAUAGGUUUGCUAGGCAAAACCACAUCCCUACCAAUCCCUGCAGAAGAUGGAGAAGAGCCAAAUAAAGCAGCUUUAGUCACUAAAUUGUUUGGGAUUUUAAACAAUGUAAAAAUGUCUUCAAAGGUGAAGGAGAAAGCAGCUCUUUCUUUGGGUUUCUUGUGCAUUGGUGAAGAAUUUGCACACACAAAAUCAAUUGUCCAAAAAUUUGUGGAUAUGGCAAAGGAGACUAAGGACGUCGAAGUUCACUUGACGGUAGGAGAAUCUCUGGUUUGUUGUGUUCAGGGUCAGGCUUCGCCCGAUGCAAGAGAUGCUUGGAACAUGCUUCCCAGUCAACAUAAAGUUUCUUUCACCAAAGAAAGCGAUGAGUUGCUUGCAUGGUUAUUAGAAGAGUUAUUCAAAUUAGCUCACAGUCCACAUCCUAACUCCAGACAGGCUGUAUGUAUCUGGCUAUUGGCUCUACUUAAACAUAAUGCUGAAAGAGCACCGGUUGUGGAAAGACUACAAACGAUUCAGAAUGCAUUUAUGGAUUUUCUGUCCGAGAACAAUGACAUUGUACAAGACAUCGCGUCAAAGGGUCUUGGUCUGGUAUAUGAUAGUAGCAAAGAAAGCGAGCGUAAAGUAUUGGUGUCUAAUUUGCUGGAACAAUUGAUGCAGGGUCGAAAAACUGUGACUCAAGUUACCAAUGACACGAAAUUAUUUGAAGAAGGAGUUCUUGGGAAAAGUCCAACUGGAGGAAACAUCUCAACAUAUCGCGAGAUUUGCUCUCUUGCUUCAGACUUGAACCAGCCUGAACUAGUUUACCGAUUCAUGCAUUUGGCUAAUGAUAACGCAGUUUGGACAUCAAAAAAAGGUGCAGCAUUCGGAUUUUCAGCUAUCGCAACACUAGCUAGUGACGAAUUAAAUAAAUAUUUGCCAAAAAUUGUACCAAGAUUGUACAGAUACCAAUUUGAUCCGACUCCCAAGAUUCAGCAAAGUAUGGCCAGUAUUUGGCAUGCAAUUGUACCUUCCACCCAUAAAGCUGUCGAGUUAUAUCACAAAGAAAUACUAGAAGAUAUACAAGUCAACUUGACAAAUGACUUGUGGAGAGUAAGAAUUAGCUGCUGUCUUGCACUGGCAGAUCUGUUGAGAUCCAAUGCGCCGAUAAAGUUAGCAGAUUGUGGAUCUGAAUUAUGGAAACAACUGUUCCGAGUUAUGGAUGAUGUCCACGAGGGAACCAGACUGGCAGCAACAAAUACAACCAAAAUUCUCAGCAAGGUAACUGUAAGAAAUUGCGAUGCUUCGUACGGCAAGUCAGGAGAAGAGGUACUUCAAGCAGUGUUACCAGUACUGAUAAAUAUUGGUAUUAUUAAUGCUGCCAGUUCAGUUAGAGCGAUAUCGCUACAGACCAUAUCGCAGCUUGUUACGGCAGCUGGGAAGCUACUAAAACCUUCACUGGAAAGUUUGAUACCAGCCCUUUUAACUGCAACAGGCGAAAUGGAAAGUCCUAAGGUCACACAACUAAGUACUGCAUAUGGUGCUAACUCGGAAGCACAGGAAGUGAUCGACAGCGUCAGAGCUAAUGCUGCAAAAAGUCACUACACAACUGAAACUAUGACAAAGUGUGUCCAAUACAUUGAUGCUCCCAUUCUGAAAGAGCUAAUGCCAAAAGUAAUAGAGUUACUCAAAACAAGCAUAGGACUUGGUACGAAAGUGGCAUGCUCGUAUUUUUUGAUACUUCUUUGUAGUCACUUGAAGCAGGAAUUACAACCCUAUGCCGGUAAGAUUUUGGCUGCUCUGGCUAACGGUUUAUCAGAUCGGAAUACAGCUGUAAGAAGAAGUAAUGCAAUUACUAUCGGGCAUGUUGUUGGUUCGGCGAAAGAUUCAAGUUUAGAAAAACUAUUCAGAAUGUUGAAUACUUGGUACAUGGUGCGAGAAGAUGACGCGAUUAGAUUAGCGAUUGGGCAAACAUUGCAAUCUAUAAAUAACCACAAUCAGGAGAUUCUCCAAAAUUAUUCUGACACUGUUAUACCUCUUACGUUUUUUGCUAUGCACGCUGAAAAGACUCCAGAGACUGAAAACACUGUCGAAUUAUGGGCAGAUUUAUGGGGCGAAAUAGCGCCUGGUACCGAAACCAGAAUCAGACAGAACUUGACUGUAAUAAUUAAUACUUUGAAUACUGCUUUGGAAUCAGCAUCUUGGACGACUAAGGCACAGGCUGCAAAUGCCGUUGCUACAGUUGCGUCAAAAUUAGGUGCUGGUAUAGAAGCAGAUGCGAGAAAUAACCUUCUAAAAAUUUUGACGAAUGGUUUACAAGGAAGAACAUGGAAUGGCAAAGAACGACUUCUAAAUGCGCUCGCAACUUUAAUGUGCAACAGCAGAGAGGCGAUAGAAAAAAAUCAUGAGCUUGUGGAAUCAGCAUUGAAUGCGUUAUAUAAAGAGAGUAAAAAGGAAGCACCGAAAUACCGUCGAUAUGCCCUCAAAGCAUUUUCUGAUGUACUACAUGAGCUGGAUAUAGACCGAUUUACACAAGUGUAUGAUAUCGCCCAAGAAAUUCUCUCAAAGCUAGCGAAUAAACCCGAUGAAGAUGAGGAUAAUUCAGCUCAAGAAAACUCUAAGAAAAGAGAGUUGUAUAUGAAGUUACAAGAAACAGUUUAUGAAACACUUGGAAAAGCUUGGCCUUCAAACAAGGAAACACAAGAUAAAUACUGUAUUCAAUUUGUAACACACUGCUACGAGACACUUCCAAACAGUACUAGACCGGUACAAGCAGCAAUCUUAGGUGCACUGAGUCUUUUUGUUGAUAAGCUGAUGUUGAUUAAAAUUAGUAGCAACAAUACUAGCUCCGAAGACAAACUGAAACUGGUUUCAAUCUGUGAUACUAUCAACAAAAUUUUGAGGAAUUCCUUAGGUAUAUCCAAGUACACAAGAAUACGAAAGGAAGCACUCAACAUAAUUUUCACUGUUUCUCGAAAACUGCGUGAAACAAACAACAUUACAGAACUGGAUAAGUUGAUUAGCUUGUUCAAAGAGCUUCUUCCGGAACUAGCCAAGGACAAUCAACCAGAAAUUCGUUCUAGGGUAGUAGAUAUUAAGGAUAUUAUGAAAAUCUAA